CUUGUUAGAAAUUGGCAACAAGUUUUGCGGCGUCCAUCUCACUUGUAAUUUCUGCCUAUAGGUCAAUACCUCAUCUGGCACAGCUUCGGCGUUGUUUUAGCCAAUUGUGCUUUGUGUAUGGUAAUAAUUUAAUCAGUUGAAAAAAUACAUCAUCCUGACUGAAACAUGAGUGCUCCUAAAACUAAGAUUUUUGUUGGUCAUUUGCCCGAUGGCUGUACAGAUGAUGACUUACGUGCAUUAUUUGAAAAGUAUGGAGAAGUCACUGAAUGUGAUGUAAUUAAUAAAUAUGGCUUUGUGCAUAUGGCUACUCCAGAACAGGCUGCAGAAGCUGUUAAACAGCUUAAUAAUUACAACUUAAUGGGUUCAACAAUAAGUGUGGAGCCUUCCAAGAGCAAGUUGCAUCCUGAACCUGGUGCUCCAGGUCGAGCUAAUAAGCUGUCUAUGAUAAGUCGCAGAGGAGGAGGAGGUCCCCAACGUAAUGGCUAUGGUCCACCUAGAGGUGGAUUUGGUGGUGGUUUCUCAAAUGGUUAUGGAGGAAGACGCUAUGAUGGACCUCCCAUGGGUGGAGAUUCGUAUUAUGAUCGUUCCUUUGGCUUUCCAAGUCCAAGAGAACGUAUGAGACCAUAUCCCCCUCCCUUUGAACGACGCAGUCCAACUAUGCCACCCAUGCGAGAUGAAUAUUCAAGAAGGCCAUUGCCUCCAAUAUCUUCAGAUCCAUACGCCAGACCCUUGCCUCCAUUGAGCAUGCGAGAUGAUUUAUAUGAACGACGACCAAUGCCUGAACGUUCAGAUUAUCUGUAUUCAAGGCGAUCACCUCCUUUGUCAUCAAUGAGAUCUCCUUACGGAUAUGAUUCCAUGUACAAUGGCAGCCGAGUCCCGCCUCCUUCUGCGACUAGACGACUCUCGUAUUUUUGAAAAGUACACAGGGAAUCGCGCCGUUGAAGAUCCGCUCAAAACUUUUUCCGCCAUCCGUAACGAAAAACGACCGUUAACCGUUUGAGCGUAUAACAGAGAACCGCUGUUUUAUAGGAAGAGACAGCCACUUUUAACGAUUAUUUUGUAGAAAUUUGUGUCAUUGUCAUUUUUUAUUAACCAUUUCCAGAAUCGUUUUCCAUCGAUUAUAUGUAGAGAACUCUGUUAAGGCUUCCUACAAGUAUACACCUCAUUUCUUUCUAAUGUAUUAUAAUUUUUUUAUUGUGAUGUGUGAAUGUUGAGAAUUUUGUUAGCGAAAUACGAUCACUAGUGAUGGCUUCCGAUGUUUUUCACGUAUCUUAAUGCCGAAUAAAAAGUGUAAAAAAAAAGUCUGAAGUGUGCGAUGUUUCUUUAAUUUAUUGAACUCGAUGUGUAACUUAUCAAUAUUAAGAAUGUGUAAUUUUAUUAUGUAAUUGCGAAAAUGAGAAUGAAACGAUUUCCUAUGAAUAAUUUAUAAGCUAACUCUUUGCGAAUACUAAAUAAAGGCUGACGAGUAUUUUUCAAUGAAUUCACGCUAGUUCUAUUUUUGCGUAGCAAGGUAAAAACCGUAAAUUUAGAUAAGCUGUGCCAAAAGGGUGAUGAAUGUUGAAGUGGAAAUUGUUUUAUCUCAUUCUUUCUGGAAACUUUUCUGUUCCGUACAUUUUGUUUUAACUGCAAAAUGUUGUUCUUCCAAAUUUCUUAGGAUUUAUCUUUUAUCAUGCAUAG